CCCUACUUGACAAGUCACCGAAGCCCGAUAACUGAACUUGAAGCGGAGAAUAAAAUAUGAUUCACCCAACGUCACAGCCACAGCCACUCCCUGGAGUCAGAUGAGUGCCGAAUCCUUGAUCCAGAGAUGGCUGCGACAGAACGUCAGCUCAUAUUCUCAGAAAGAUCGCGUCUUUCUUGACUUGGAUACCGCUCUUGCCCGUUUCUCAACUCUUCGUCCAAAAUCUGAUGUGUACACCUACGAUGAUGGUCGUACCCAACUUUUGUUAUGUCUGCAUGGCGUCCUUCCCAUAUCCUUCCGUGGCGCUUCAUAUAAUAUCCCCAUAGCUGCAUGGGUGACCAAAGAAUAUCCACGCCAACCCCCAAUAGUAUAUGUUGUUCCAACUCAGGAUAUGCUCGUUAGAUCGAGUAAACAUGUUGAUGUGAGUGGUCGAUGUAACAUUGAAUAUAUCCAACACUGGGAAAAAAAGAGCGAGGCAUGUAAUCUAUCAGCAUUGCUCGAAGCAAUGCAACAAGACCGUUGGCAUCAUCCUUCAUCUCCUGGCCACAUCACCCUAGCCAAUGAUCGACCGGCACUUCCACCAAAACCCGGUUCAUCUGCCUUAUCACAGACGCCGAUGGCAGCUCCAUAUGCAUCUCCUCAAUACCCUUCUACGACAAAUUUGCUUAACCGGCCACCUCCGCCUCUACCCUCUGCUCAUCCUCAAAUUACAGGCCCACCAACCUAUAGCCGCCCUUUGAACUAUCAGCACACGGUCAAAAACUUCAAUGACGGCACUAUGUUGCAACCGCCUGCUGUACCACGAGAUCCCGCUCCGCCACCGGAUCUUAAUAGCCGCUGGUCUGUACCACCCGUUGGCCCAGCCCAUCCUCAAGGUCCGCCGUCACACUCACCAAACUUGUGGCUUCGACCGCCAGUAUCCACUAUUACCACGCCGAACCUCUUAGAUGAAGAGACUGCCGAUUCGUCGCCUCCCCACCGCCACGGACCACCGAACCCAGAGUUACUCCGCUUGCACGCCCAAGUACAUGACAAAAUUGCCUCGGAGCUUGCUUCUUUGUCUCAGGUCAUGCUUCUGGAUGCAGAACGGCUGCGAGCGCAGCAGACAGACCUUCUUGCCGGAGAACCUGCAAUCCGGGACGAGAUGGCGCGUUUAGAAGCAGUUCGGGACGUUUGUAGUAAUGUUUCUAGCAGACUGCGGAAUACCGUCGAUCAAGGGGAGCGCAACAUAGCUGAAUUGCGAAGGAAGGGAGAUCCUGAAGUCGAUGAAUUGAUCUGCUCCACGAGCAUCGUACAUAAUCAACUCAUCAAUUUGGUCGCUGAAGACAACGCUAUAGAAGACACGAUAUAUCAUCUCCAUAGGGCUUUGAAUACCGGGCGCAUUGAUCUAGAACGUUUUUUGAGGACUACUCGUGUCCUCGCAGAAGAACAGUUUACAAAGAGGGCACUGAUCGAAAAGAUCCAACUGGGCGUUCCAACGGGAACAUCUGUAGUUUACAGCUAGUUCCAGUAUUAAUCAGGGUCGAAACCAAGAGAAGUUGAUGUUGAUUGGGUUCUAUGGGGUGCUCGAUAGUGUAUUUGCCUUAUUCGUCGUGUUCGAGACUCUUUGAUUGAAGUUAUAUACCAAUCAAAGGUCGUUAGGUUCA